AUUUGAUUCCACCAGUCCUUUUGCACCUUUGGUCACCGAGCGCUUUGGGUGGAACUCUGAUCUGCACAGCAAUGUCGGAGGAGGGAGUUGACUCCCGGCCAUGCGCCUGCUCGCACGCGCUCGCGAGGUGGCCAGCAGAGUCCAAGUGGCGGUGCCCUCUAGGGCGCCUCAAUCAGAGCUUGAAGUGGCACUGAGACGUGUCACGCACAGCGAUUGUGCGGCCAUCCCUCCAGAGGAUUUGAAGCUGGCCAUAAAUCUGAUCGUGCAGAGUGAAGAUGCCUUGGCAAAAGCCUUGCGCCAUAUACAGGUGAACGUGGCUGCGCCUCCCAACGAAUGGAGGCGCGUGAAUGGUGCGCUGGCGCUCUUCGAAGCGCUGGCAGCACGAGGCAAUGGCCUGGUGGGCAGGUCCUGGUACGAAGUGAAGAUGGAAGCGCGUUUGAAGGAGCUUCAAAACUUCUGCCACGACGAGGACCCCCGGGUGGCCACGCUGAUCCAUCGGGCUGCCCAAGGGGCCAUCCGGGCAGCGGACGCCCUGCACUGGUCCGACGGGGUGCUGGACGACGAGGAUCCAGAGGUUCAUCGCGAAAGUGAGCUUCACUCCGCGCCGGAGUGUACCGGCCAAGGCAGCAACGUGAAGCCAUCCGUCAUCGGCAAGUGUGACGACGCGAAAUCUGGCUCGACCACGCCACACACGCCACGCACACCCACUACACCAACAGAUAUGCCAAAGGAGGCGACAUACGUUCGCUGCUGCUGCUGUUGUUGGCGUCGUGUGCAGGCAAAGGCUUGUCAUGAUCGAGCUUUUGGAUUUUUUUAAAUAAGUCUUUUUGUGCUUUGAGUUCUCGUGGGUCUUUGAGAGGCGGAAGCAUGGUGCAGGUCAUGUCCAGGUAAGAAAACCCAUAUGUUAUGUUCUGUAAAGGUUAAGUAGUAAAGAAGUCAAUGUAUGAUCAAAACGCCUUUCUUACUACCUUGUCUUUGCUGUUCUUUAGUUUAGCAUUGUCCUCUCACACGAGGGGAUUCUUUGGACUUCCAUCAGCUACCUAAGCUGAUGGCACUGUAAGACCAAUAGCUUAAGCAUGCUGUGAGAAUGUGAGGUGCUGUUGCAAUGUUUCAC